AUGCGAAGACAGGAGCAGGAGGAAUGGGAGCACGCCAUGCGUCGCAAGUUCAUCGAAGAGGCAGAGCAGCUUAAAGCUGCCCGGCGAGCGCAACGAGAAGUUGAGGAGCUGCAGGAGAAGAAAUGGAAAGAGGGAGCUCAGAGGCGCCAGGCAAUGAGGCAGGAGGGGGUUCGUGAGCGUGAAGAGGCCAAGAAGCGACGACAGGAGCAGGAGGAAUGGGAACAAGCCAUGCGUCGCAAGAUUGCAGCGGAGGAACAGCAGAACGAGGAAUUUCGGAGGUUUGCAGAUGUCGACUUAAUGCUCGGCGAGCUUUUGCAGUCCAUGCUUGCAGGUUUUCUGAGAGGUGACCUGGCUUUACAAUACUUGGUUUCUCUUUGGUUACCGAUGUUAGCCACAUGUUGCACAGCCAUCGCCUCCACGUCAUCCACACCCUUCGCAGUCACCGCCGGGAGGUCGACGUGCGAGGCUCAAAGCUACGAGCACGAGCAGCAGAAACGCAGCGGCCCCAGCUUCGCUACUUCUCCGGCUGUUUGGAUUUACUGCCAGGCUGAGCUGCAAGCAGCAAAGUCAGCGGCUAUGCGACAGCUGCCGGUUGUUUGUGGGCAUUUAUAUAUGGGUGUGUUCGUGGAUGUUUCUGUCAGGCUGGAUGGGGGAGCCCGGACACGGAAUGUUGCGCUGCAGGGCAUCCGCUUUUUCGCGGCGAUCGCGGAGCAUGCCCUGCGAAUUGCGCCAGAUGUCCUGGCAGCAGGAGGCCACCCACAAGUCACCGAAGAGCGAGGCCCUGAUGUUAUGAAGCAACUCAUGGGCAUUUUCCGAGAUGGUCAUGCUCCAGAACGCGGAGUACGCCGCAUCUGUGACAUUGACAGACCAUCUCGAAGACGUGCCCACGAGAAGUGGUUCAACGAAGACAGCCGGGCGAUCUUGAAACGAAUGAUUGCAAUCCACGUACCCGACGACAUCUUGAAAGGCAAGGUGCUGGAGGGCGUCGAAAGUGACGAGGUGAACAUCGCCAGGCUGCCCUCAGCGAGUUCGGCGGCCUUGUUCCAGUACGGUGACUGCUGCGCUUGCUUCCAGAUUUCGGCGAACCUACACGGGGAGUACCCCGCCGAGACGACCCUCUCCGAGUACUACCCUGGGUGGACGCCAAGAAUAAAAUCUCUGCCCUACGAUGGCGGGGACGACGCCAGCAAAGACAUGAGCGGCGGCGGCGGCGGUGACUUACCAAGGAAGCGCACGAAGGGGAAGACACCUUGCGACCUGGACAGCUACCACAUGGACGAGGACAAGUGGAAGGCGUACCGGGCCGGUUGCAAGGCAAACAAAGUGCCGUGA